CACUGCUGUGCCCGUAUGUCGACUCUUGACUUUCCAUCUCAGCAUUCUGAAGCCCACAAUGGCUUUUACAAUGCCUAUGACGCGAGCUCGUCCUUUCAAAUGAACCCUCUUUCCUCUCAUCCACCUCGAAUAUCCUCGACGGCUCCGAUUUACCAUGAGGCGAAACCAGAGGAAAUUCCAGAAGAACCAGAGCUGGAACUGGAAGAGGCUACGCUGCAACGAGUGGAAUCACACGUUAGGAAGGAGGAGGUCUGGCGUGAGAUGUUUGUAACCAGCAAUGGACGCGACAAAGCUUUUAAAAUUAUCCAGUAUUCGCUCAAGGUCUAUCUGCUGUUCCAUCUCUCGGUUGCCUCGAGUCGACUCUGGCGAAGAGCCACCCGCCCACCAUGGGAGAAGGAGCUCGUUCGGCGGCUCAACUCAACAAUAGACGGCUUCUCGUUUACACGAAAAUGCCUUUUACUCUUCAAUUGGCUCGCUCCAUUGACAGCUAUAAUGGCGCAGGAAUCAGUGCCAUUCUCGACCGAAAAGUCAAGGUCUAAACAGACGCCAUCGAAGCCUUUUCUACAUACGGUCAUGCACGCGCCACCCCCAGUCUUACUCGAACUAGUUCAUGCCGCAUCUGAUGAUGUCUUUACCUUUUCAAAAUUAGGCCUUCUCAGCAGGAGGACAGGUGACCGAGCUGGACGAUUUUCUGACUGGUGCUGGCUCCUAGCGACCCUCGUCGGUCUUGUCGAGAAUGGGGUGGAAAGGCAAAUGAUAGGCAACCUCCAGAGUGAAGUCGAGUCGCGGUUAUACACUGACUCGAUGGCUACCGCGUCCAUAAAGUCAAAAUCGGCCGGGUCGAAGCACGAUGAGAAGGAAUUGGGCCGACUUCAGAAGCAAGACUACUGGUUGCAAAUAACGAGAUGGAAGCUGCUUAUGGAUUUGGUUUUCGUGUCCUACGACGUCUUCAAGAUCAAACGCGCUCGUGAAUCCAUCAAGACUUUCACUGGUUUGGUUGCUGCCCUUCUCAGCGCCGCGAAACUUUAUGAUCGCCAUAAAGCAACGCUUCUCAAAGCUGCCAGCAUGUCAAUUUAG